UGACGCGCGCCAUCAUUGUGACAGAAAACGUCCAUGUCAGCGCUGCAUACAACUCUAACUGGCCUCUGCGCCUAUGAGAUCGAUGACCCAGUGCUCAGGCAUCAGGUCUGCGUUUUCCCUUCGUUCAUCAACCCACUUUGUCACUCAUUUCCUGUCAACUUUUUUAACACCCCACCCUACAAAUAUGUUCGCUCUUUCUGUCCUCCUCAUCUCCUUCUCGCAUUCGUUGUGGGAUCCACCCUAUCUGCUCGUGACAACAGUGCUUACAGUUCGGGUGCAUAGUGCGACGCGAGCGCCGUCUCAUGCUGCCAAACCGCAUAUGCCUCCGGACCCCAACGACACCACGCAUGCUCUUCUCACCCAGCUCGUCCAAAUCGGACUCGGCAGCUUCACGGCAGCGAGACGAUAUCACUUCCAAUCCCUCGUUAGGGUGGUGGACAUGCUGUUUACAUAUCACUUAUUUUUCUACGAGCGUGGUCCCUCCCUCGACAAUUUCGCAGCCGCCCUCACAGCUGUACUCACACAGACUCCCAACCUGGAGAUUUUCAUUGUCGAUUGGCCUCUAUCAAGGGCAUCUGGUUCCACUGCAGACACGCUGGAUGCCCUCCCGCUCCUCGUUUCCCUUGCCGUCGAGUUCGAUGCACCGCUCAAGGAUUGUGACAUGCUCACCUUAGGAAGCGCACAAGAUGUUAAGUUCCACCUCCCGAAUCUUCAGCAGCUCAUCCUGCGUGGUUACUCUGCCGAAUUCAUCGAACAAGCUAGUGGCUGGAGCCUCCCUCUUCUACGCAGCUUUUCCUUUGAUUUUGGCAGUAUAUCUGGUGAAGGGUCGUCGAUGGCCAUUUGA